GUGAUGACGUUGUGAACUAUGUUGUCUGCUAUUGGUUAAGAGGGCUUGCCCACUACAGGGCUAACUGACAGUUCCGUUACUAACAUUCCCGUAAACAUUACUCUUGUAGUUAGUUACUCGUCCACAACCAUAAAUAUAUUUCUUCGUUCUGUUGUUGAGGGUCAAACCGCUGUUCGCCUGCUUCGUUAGCCUGCUUAGUUGGCUAGCUGUCACCUUUGUUUUGUGCCGCUGGUAACAUGUCCGGCGGAGGUGUCAUUCGCGGACCCGCAGGGAGUAACGACUGUCGGAUAUACGUGGGAAACCUCCCCCCAGAUAUCCGCACCAAAGACGUCGAGGACGUAUUUUACAAAUACGGAAUCAUUCGCGAUAUUGAUUUGAAAAACCGGAGAGGAGGACCACCAUUCGCCUUCGUGGAGUUCGAGGACCCGAGGGAUGCUGAAGAUGCCGUUUAUGGACGUGACGGUUAUGACUACGAUGGCUACCGUCUGCGCGUUGAGUUCCCCCGAAGCGGACGAGGAGGUGGUAGAGGGGGUGGUGGUGGAGGAGCUUUGGGAGCCGCAAGGGGAAGAUACGGUCCCCCGUCAAGACGGUCCGAGUACAGGGUAAUCGUCUCAGGUCUUCCCCCCAGUGGAAGCUGGCAGGACCUGAAGGAUCACAUGAGAGAGGCAGGUGAUGUAUGUUAUGCUGAUGUGUACCGUGAUGGCACCGGGGUAGUGGAGUUUGUGCGCAAAGAAGACAUGACCUAUGCUGUCCGUAAAUUGGAUAACACCAAGUUCCGCUCUCAUGAGGGAGAGACAGCCUACAUCCGUGUGAAGAUGGAUGGUCCUCGCAGCCCCAGCUACGGCCGCUCUCGCAGCUGCAGCCGCAGCCGCAGCCGCAGUCGCAGUCGAAGCCGGAGCAACAGUGGCUCACGCAGACAAUCCCCGCGUCGCAGCAGAGAGUCUCCGCAUUACUCCCCCCGGCGUUCCCGCUCGCGUUCUCGCACUUAAGGCGCACCUGACCUUAAACCGUAAACCACCAGCCAACUCAACCCAGCAAUGCAUCUCAGAGUGGAGAAGAACAAAUCCUGUACAGCCUCCAUGGACCAUUUAAUCUAGUUCAGAGGAGCAGGAUAGGAUGGGAACAGAGGAAAAGGAAACACAGUUCAUAUUAGGAUAAACAGGAGGAGGAGGAGACAAGUAUGGCACCAAUGGUUUGGACUGGGCUCAUUGUCUCCCCAUUCCGGAGCUGGAGCCAGAUCGGGAUUCAGGAUCAGAUCAGGAUUAGGAUUUAGGCUUCAGGAUGGAUACAUGGAGCAGGAGCAUGGGAGCUUUUUUACCGGGAGAGGAUCCCGACC